AUGGUGGUUAGAUGGAAUGGCUGUCUGUUGUCUUUGAGAAAAAGGUUUGAAGCUGACUUCAGCGUGAAGAAAAACGCAGAAGUUCCAUCAAGUGGUCUCAAGUGUACCUCCUUCAAGACUGCGGACAGGCUUGGGGGCUGGGGGGGUCCUCGGGGGAGGAGAAAUCACCAAGAGAGACAAGCAUGGGGUACUGGGGACCUACUCUACUCCAGAAUCACCAAGAGAGACAAGCGUGGGAUACUGGAGACCUACUCUGUUCCAGAAUCACCAAGAGAGACAAGCAUGGGGUACUGGGGACCUACUCUGCUCCAGAAUCACCAAGAGAGGCAAGCAUGGGGUACUGGGGACCUACUCUGCUCCAGAAUCACCAAGAGACACAAGGAUGGGAUACUGGGGACCUACUCUGCUCCAGAAUCACCAAGAGAGGCAAGCAUGGGGUACUGGGGACCUACUCUGUUCCAGAAUCACCAAGAGAGACAAGGAUGGGAUACUGGGGACCUACUCUGUUCCAGAAUCACCAAGAGAGACAAGCAUGGGGUACUGGGGACCUACUCUGCUCCAGAAUCACCAAGAGAGACAAGCAUGGGGUACUGGGGACCUACUCUGCUCCAGAAUCACCAAGAGAGACAAGCAUGGGGUACUGGGGACCUACUCUGCUCCAGAAUCACCAAGAGAGACAAGGAUGGGAUACUGGGGACCUACUCUGUUCCAGAAUCACCAAGAGAGACAAGCAUGGGGUACUGGGGACCUACUCUGUUCCAGAAUCACCAAGAGAGACAAGCAUGGGGUACUGGGGACCUACUCUGCUCCAGAAUCACCAAGAGAGACAAGGAUGGGGUACUGGGGACCUACUCUGCUCCAGAAUCACCAAGAGAGACAAGCAUGGGGUACUGGGGACCUACUCUGCUCCAAAUCACCAAGAGAGGCAAGCAUGGGGUACUGGGGACCUACUCUGCUCCAGAAUCACCAAGAGAGACAAGGAUGGGAUACUGGGGAUCUACUCUGUUCCAGAAUCACCAAGAGAGACAAGGAUGGGGUACUGGGGACCUACUCUGCUCCAGAAUCACCAAGAGAGACAAGGAUGGGGUACUGGGGACCUACUCUGCUCCAGAAUCACCAAGAGAGACAAGCAUGGGGUACUGGGGACCUACUCUGCUCCAGAAUCACCAAGAGAGACAAGGAUGGGAUACUGGGGACCUACUCUGCUCCAGAAUCACCAAGAGAGACAAGCAUGGGGUACUGGGGACCUACUCUGCUCCAGAAUCACCAAGAGAGACAAGGAUGGGGUACUGGGGACCUACUCUGCUCCAGAAUCACCAAGAGAGACAAGGAUGGGGUACUGGGGACCUACUCUGCUCCAGAAUCACCAAGAGAGACAAGCAUGGGGUACUGGGGACCUACUCUGCUCCAGAAUCACCAAGAGAGACAAGGAUGGGGUACUGGGGACCUACUCUGCUCCAGAAUCACCAAGAGAGGCAAGCAUGGGGUACUGGGGACCUACUCUACUCCAGAAUCACCAAGAGAGACAAGGAUGGGGUACUGGGGACCUACUCUGCUCCAGAAUCACCAAGAGAGACAAGGAUGGGGUACUGGGGACCUACUCUGCUCCAGAAUCACCAAGAGAGACAAGGAUGGGAUACUGGGGACCUACUCUACUCCAGAAUCACCAAGAGAGACAAGGAUGGGGUACUGGGGACCUACUCUGCUCCAGAAUCACCACGAGAGACAAACAUAUGA